AUGACGCCUCCUCUGGUUCCCCCUGCUCAACCCGGUGACACCAAUUUUGGACUAAUCCCAUUCUCUGCGAGGAGACUCGAGCUAGACUGGAACAUUUUCGCAGCCUUGGAUGGCUCCCCCCAAACUUCAAGCCCAAGACCCUGGAAGGUCUUGCUGUUAUCAAAUAAUAUUAGCGGAAAUGUGAUGGUAUCAGUCUGCUAUCACGAUAUCAAGCUCUUCUAUCUCAAAGACCCGGAUAAACCAAAUUCUUCAUGCACGGCGAUUAUCAACUAG